AAUCUGCUUCUUUUAGGAGAAACCAAAGAGAACUUUUGAAACCCUAAACUCCAUAGACUAUCUUCCCGUCGACAUUAAAGCCGCCGAUUUCCGCCAUGACGAAGAAGAGAAAGCUCGAAACACAAUCCAGCGAGGCGUCUGAACCUUCGCAGAAGCAGAAGCAGACGGAGGAGCAGCAGCUUGAAAUUAAAAGUCAGGUUAAUAAUCAAGCUGGCGGCGAGGAAGAAGUUGAAUACGAGGAAGUAGAGGAGGAGCAUGAGGAGGAAGUCGAAGAUGAUGACGAUGAUGACGAUGAGGAUGAAGACGAUGUCGGAGGUGAGAAUCAGACGGCGGGCAAUCGUACAGAGGCGGCGACGUCUGGAUCUGGGAAUCAGGGGGUUGCAGAUACCGAUGAUGACGAGCCGAUUAAGGAUUUGUUGGAACCAUUUUCCAAGGAGCAGCUUCUGAAUCUUCUUAAAGAAGCGGCGGGGAAGCAUCUUGAUGUAGCGAAUCGAAUCCGGGAAGUAGCCGAUGAGGAUCCUGUUCAUCGGAAGAUAUUCGUGCACGGGCUUGGAUGGGACACGAAAACAGAGACUCUUAUUGAAGCUUUUAAGCAGUACGGAGAGAUCGAAGACUGCAAGGCCGUUUUUGAUAAGGUCUCAGGGAAAUCUAAAGGAUAUGGGUUUAUUCUGUACAAGUCUAGGUCAGGUGCUCGCAACGCACUUAAGCAGCCUCAGAAGAAGAUCGGUAGCCGAAUGACGGCGUGUCAGUUGGCUUCAAAAGGUCCUGUCUUUGGCGGAAACCCUGUCGCUGCAGCUGCCUCGGUGGUCCCUGCUCAGCAUUCGAACUCGGAGCACACACAGAAGAAGAUCUAUGUCAGUAAUGUAGGAGCAGAGCUCGAUCCUCAGAAACUGCUGGCGUUUUUCUCAAGGUUCGGAGAGAUUGAAGAAGGUCCUUUGGGUCUUGAUAAGUUUACUGGGAGACCUAAAGGUUUCUGCCUCUUUGUCUAUAAGUCGCCUGAAAGCGCCAAGAGGGCUCUAGAGGAGCCACACAAGACCUUCGAGGGCCAUAUCUUGCAUUGCCAGAAAGCAAUCGAUGGUCCUAAACCGGGCAAGCCGCAACAAUACAACACUCACAACCACAACAAUCCUCGUUUCCAGAGGAAUGAUAACAACGGUUACGGUGCCCCUGGAGGUCAUGGGCAUCUCAUGGCUGGUAACCAAGCCGGGAUGGGUGCUCCAGCGCAGGCGCUAAACCCAGCUAUUGGACAGGCCUUGACAGCUUUGCUGGCAUCGCAGGGAGCUGGUUUGGCUUUUAACCCAGCAAUUGGUCAGGCUUUGUUGGGUUCCCUUGGGACAGCUACAGGCGUAAACCCGGGGGCUGGAGCUGGAAUGCCAUCUGGUUAUGCUACUCAAGCUAUGGCACCAGGGACGAUCCCUGGGUAUGGUACACAACCUGGUUUGCAAGGUGGCUAUCAGACUCCGCAACCUGGUCAGGGUGGUUCAGGCAGAGGGCAACAUGGUGUCAACCAAUACUCUCCGUACAUGGGCCACUAGAUGUAUUAUGAUGUAUCCACUCAGGGACGACACGGUUAUUGUUAGGUGGUUCGAGGCCAAGGCAUAUCCCUCUCCUGUCUAGUUCAGAGACGAGGCCUAUCCGUCUCAAUCAAGUAGCUAACUUAACGGAUCAGUGAAGAAGAGACAGGAAAGUUUAUUGUACCAGGUUUGACAAGUCAGGGGUGCCUUCCUGGGGUGAAAUUUUCUUUCUUCUCAGGCCACCACGUUCUCACCUGUCCAGUUUGGAAGGUGAAGCUGCUGCGCUUGUAUGGGCAAUAACUGUCUUCGAGCAGCCUGGUUUGGUUCGAGAAUUAUUCCAAGGUCUUGAUCAGGCUGUAAAAGAUCUCACCACAUGGCCAAGACUAGAAAGCUUCACAAGAGAUAUAUGGGAGCGAUGGAGAACUUUGAGACAUUGUGGCCUGACAGGUGAGAAGGAGGUCAAUAAUGCAAAGUGAUCAAGGCAGAAGAAGGCUGUUUUGGCAAUAGGAUUAGCGCUGAUCCUAUUGCCAAAACAGCCUCUUCUUCCUUGUUUACUUUGAUUUAUUGGAUUGUUGUAUCUCAUUUUGGCUGAGUUCAAGGGUUGAAAGGGAAAUACCUAUCUUUGUUCUUCCCAAGUUUUGUUU